AUGAUGUUGGGGAGUGCUGGAUUCGUCGAUUCUGUCACCGCUACCACGAUCGAAUUGACACUCACAGAGAAAGUCAAAAAAUAUCGCAUCAGCCCAUCAAAUACCUAUAACUUUGAUGAGAAAGGAUUCAAUAUAGGCCUCUGUCGUACUGAAAAGCGGAUUGUCUCAAAAUCUCAGCUCUGUUUAAAGAAAUUACUUGGUGCAAUUCAAGACGGGAGCACAGAAUUUAUUACUCUUAUUGCAUGUAUUUGUGCUAAUGGAAUAGCAAUUCCUCCAGCUCUUAUUUACCAAGGCGAGUCAGGAGAUCUACAAGAUACUUGGCUUAAAGAUUUUGACGGCUCAAGAGAGAAGGCAUACUUUGCAACUUCUGAAAAGGGUUGGACAAAUGAAGAGCUUGGAUUUUCAUGGCUAACCAAGAUCUUUGACCCUCAUACAAAGGCAAAAGCAGGCAAUUCAAAGCGCCUUCUGCUUACAGAUGGUCAUUCAAGCCAUGUUAAUCUUCGUUUUAUCGAAUACUGUGAUCGAAACAAUAUAAUUCUCGGUAUUUUACCUCCACACUCUACGCAUCGAUUACAGCCGCUUGACGUUGGAAUCUUUCCACCUCUUGCAGGUGCUUAUUCCCAUGAGAUUGAUCGACUUACUCAAUCGAGUAGUGGAUUUUCAAGGAUAACAAAAGCAUCCUUUUGGCGAUUAUUCUAUGCUGCAUGGAAAUCAACUUUAACAUUGCAAAACAUUCGAUCAGCUUUUGCUGCACCGGGCAUUCACCCUUUCAACCCACCAAAGGUUCUUAACAUUCUCAAAAAAAAGACGCCAUCGCCAAUCUCAAGCGAUAUUGAAAAUAAACGAAAGUCUCCAGGAUCUGUUCGAGCAAUUCGUCGUACACUCAAAGCCAUUCGACAGGAAAAGAGUGAUCUAUCGGAGGCUACACAACUUGCUCUUAAAGCACUUCAAAAAUAUGCGGUACAGAAUGAAAUACUUGAACAUCAGCAGCAAGGCUUGGUCGAUGCAUUAAUUGGAGAGAAAAAAAGGCAGAAGCGAGGCCGGCCACUGGGUUUAAUUAAUAAGGAUAAUCCCGGUGAGGCACAAUUCUUCUCACCAGGUAGAAUUGAAGCUGCACGACAGCAAAUACAAAAUAUUGAGUUACAAAAGGAACAAGGAAAGAUCGAGGCAGCAAACCGACGUACACAAAAGGCAUUUGCGCGCCAACAGAAGGCCCAAGAGAUCCAGGAACGGCGAGAGACUCGAAUCCGUGAACGAGAGGAGAAAAGGCGUCAAAAAGAACUUGAAAAGGAGCAACUUCGCGUGGCCCGGGAAGCCCAGAAGGAGGUAAAGCGAGCUAAAGAAAGGCCAGCAAAGCAGGUAAACACUAAAAAGAGGCGAUACAGUAAGGUUAUCGAGAGUAAUGAGGAGGUUUCUUCAAAGAGGCCAAAAACAGGCAUAUCUCGUUCUGGGCGAGCGAUCAACCUACCUAUACGAUUUAGGGAUUAG